UGCUUACAUGCUUACAUCACAUGCAGACAAUCAGCUCUGCUGGCUUUGCGUAGGUAGAGCUCCUGUUUGGAGUUAGUAGUCGCUGCCACUAACAGUACUCUAAAGAUGGAGCCUUUGGAGGAGUAUCAGUCUCCAUUUGACUUUAAACGAGGAAUCGACACCAGCUAUCUCUUCCUCUCCCCGGCCUACAGCGACACACCACCUUGCUCACCGACUGUCAGAAGCAGAGGUUACCAGCAGGGGGCUGAGUCACUGCCUGAGGUGGGAGAAGAUGCUGUAACAAGUGCCAGUUCUGCAACUCCUCCCCCCUCCUUGACAGAGGAGGAGCGUCAGGAGCUACAAGAAGAGUUGGUGAAGGUGGAGGAUGAGAUCCAGACUCUGUCUCAGGUCCUGGCAGUCAAGGAGAAGCAGUUAGCAGACAUUAAGAGGAAGCUGGGUAUCACACCACUCAAUGAACUGAAACAGAACAUAACCAAAACCUGGCAGGAGGUCACCACCUCCACCGCCUACAGGAGGACUUCAGAAACACUGUCCCAGGCAGGUCAAAAGGCCACAGCCGCUUUCUCCAACAUGGGUUCAGCCAUCACCCGAAAACUGGAGGAUGUCAGCAUGCGUUCAUUACGGCACUCGACUAGUAUGCCCGUCAUGAGAAAUGCGCCCACCUUCAAGUCCUUUGAAGAGAGAGUGGAGACACUGAAGACCAGAAUGAGUUCGACGUCCAGCAGUGGCCCUGGAGAUCAGGACGGCGGCAGUCAGCCCAACGAGUCACUACUCGGUCAGCACGAGACUUCACCUGCCCACGAGACGCCGAUGCACUGAGCCUCACCGUUGCACACAUUUGCUUUCAUUUGUUCCCGUCCCCCCCACAUGCCAGUCAAGCCUUUAUUAUGCCAAUCGUCUUUGUGAUGUAAUCCGCUGGUGCUCACUUGUUAACUGCUGUGGAACUGUAAGCAUGGCCGUUGGCACGUGGGCUUGUGCCAGUCUCAUGGUUUUGAGUUUGUUAAGGAAAAGUGAAGCAGAACCUUCCUGCUGUGUGACUUCUCUUUUUUUGUCUGCCUUUUUCUAACCAGCAAAGAUGCCAAACUUGCACUUAGAUUGUUCCAGUAUCAAAUGAACACAUUUAUGUUCUAUAAACAGAACUUUACUCUCUUUAUGUGAGCUAGGCAAUUGUGUUAUUCCUCAUGCACAGCCCUGAGUCAUUUUGUUUCUUACACCCUCCUUUUUUGGGGGGGGUAACUCCACAUUACCUUGGUUAUUGUGUGGCUGUUCUGACUUUGCUGCAUUAUUCUAGUCUUUGGACACGACAUCACGUGACAACAGUCUAACGCUGUGUUAAAACUUAACGUUUCCCCUGUAGUCCUGAUUUACACACUCGUACCAUGACUGCUCUCCAGCUACAGCUGCAGCAUGCCUGUGACAAAUACAGUCCACACGCAAAGAUAGUCACACAGCCAAAAUCAGCAGAGCCGAGGUAACGCAAACACACAGUCAAGGUUCAGCCGUGACCCGGUCAGAGCGAAAUAAAUGUCUCAUCAACAGCCAGAGUCCAUAUUGGAUCACUGGCCCAUUGUUUCUGUGAGGGGUAACACUUCGUUCGACCCCACUCCAACAUACACACAUACAUAUAUCCACUUGUCUUUUUCUGCUGUCAAGGCAAAAAAAAAAAAACAAUUAUAAAAUACCAAAUCUAUCUCCCCCCCUUUUAAAAUUUUGCUUUAA